AUGAGCCCAGCUCUCAACAAUAUUGUAUCUUCGCUGCAGAGAAGUGGAACAUUUAUCAAUUCUUUAAUUGCUGCUUUGACUACUGGUGGGCAACAAAUCUCCUCUUUCACAUUCAGAUGCCCCUGUCAGGUUGGGAAAAACUUCUAUUAUGGUUCUGCUUUUCUAGUCAUUCCUGCCUUAAUCCUUCUGGUUGCUGGCUUUGCUCUGAGAGGCCAGAUGUGGACAAUUACCAAUGAAUACUGCUGCAGUUGUACCCCUCCGGCCCGGAGAAUCAGCUUCCUGGAGCGCAAGCUGGCUUGCCUUCGCUUCUUCAGCAUCACUGGGAGGGCACUUGUUGCUCCACUAACGUGGCUGGCGGUGACCCUGCUGACAGGCACGUACUACGAAUGCGCAGCAAGUGAAUUCGCAUCUGUGGACCAUUACCGAGUGUUUGACAAUGUCAGUGCCAGCAAACGGGAAGAGAUCUUAGCUGGUUUUCCAUGCUGCACAUCAGCUCCAUCCGACAUGAUCCUGGUCAGAGAUGAAGUCGCUUUUCUGCACAGAUACCAGUCACACAUGCUGGGCUGGAUUUUGAUCACCUUGGCAACCAUCGCUGUCCUAGUCUUCUGCUCUUUGGCGAGGUGCUGCUCACCCCUCACCUCUCCACAGCAUCGUUACUGGACCAACCACCUCUACAAUGAGAGGGAGCUCUUUGAACAAGCUGCAGCACAGCACUCAUGGUUCCUCAUCGUGCAGCGUAUAAAGAAGCUAUUUGGCUUCAUUCCUGGAAAUGAAGAUGUCCAACACAUCCGUAUUCCCUCAUGUCAGGACUGGAGAGAUAUUUCAGUACCCAGCUUUCUCUGCAUGGGUAAUGACAUGCAAGGUCACUACAGCUUCCUUGGAGACAGGUUGGAUGAGGAUAAUGAGGAAAGCAAAUCAGGAAGUAUUGAAUUAAAACCUUAA